UCUCUCUCUCUGAAUUCCUUUCUGGCUGUCUCAGACUUUCCCCCAAGCCUCACUCCAGCCUAGACGUGAUCCCGGCCCAGGUCUGAUCCUCUGACAGCGUUUCUCCGAAUUACCGGCGCACCUCAAUGAAGAGUCCAGGCAUGGCUGUGUUUAAGCAGCAGAAGGUCGAAGACGUCUAUGAAAUCGGAGAAGAGCUCGGAAGCGGCCAGUUUGCAAUUGUGAAGAAGUGCCUGGAGAAGAGCACAGGGGCAGAAUACGCCGCCAAGUUCAUCAAGAAGCGCCAGAGCCGAGCCAGCCGCCGCGGGGUGAGGCGCGAGGAGAUCGAGCGGGAGGUCAAGAUCCUGCAGCAGAUCCUCCACACCAACAUCAUCAAACUGCACGACGUCUACGAGAAUAAGACGGACGUGGUCCUCAUCCUCGAGCUGGUAUCCGGAGGAGAACUUUUUGAUUUCCUGGCCCAGAAAGAGUCGUUGAGUGAGGAGGAAGCCACACAGUUUAUCAAGCAGAUCCUGGAGGGGGUCAGUUACCUGCACACCAAGAAAAUUGCCCACUUUGACUUAAAGCCCGAGAACAUCAUGCUGCUGGACAAGAAUAUCCCAAUCCCGCACAUAAAACUGAUCGACUUCGGUCUGGCCCACGAAAUAGAAGAUGGAGUCGAAUUCAAAAACAUUUUCGGAACGCCGGAAUUUGUCGCACCGGAAAUUGUGAACUACGAACCUCUUGGGCUGCCGGCAGACAUGUGGAGUAUAGGAGUCAUCACGUACAUACUGCUGAGCGGGGCGUCACCGUUCCUCGGCGAGACCAAGCAGGAAACGCUGGCCAACAUCACCGCCGUGAGCUACGACUUUGACGAGGAGUUCUUCAGCCAAACCAGCGACCUCGCCAAAGAUUUCAUACGAAAGCUCCUGGUGAAAGAUACGCGGAAGCGUCUGGCAAUCCAAGAGGCGCUCACGCACCCCUGGAUAACGACUCACCAGUCCAAAGGAGGCAGCAAGGCCCAUCUCAGCAAGCGGGCCGAGAACCGGCCGCUGAGGACCAAGCGGCUGAAGGAGUACACCCUCAAGUGCCACUCUAGCAUGCCGCCGAACAAGACCUACAUCAACUUCGAGCGCUUUGCCCGGGUGGUGGACGACCUCUCCGGGAUGGAGCGGAGCUUCGGCGCCGUGGCCGCGUCCCACGAUUCCUUGCAGGAGGAUCUGGACGCGCUGGUCUCCAUCUACGACGAGAAGGAGGCCUGGUACAAAGAGGAGCACGAGAGCGUGAGGCACGAGCUCUCCCAGCUGAAGUAUGAGUACCGGAAGGUCGAGUCCCUCAAGAAGCACCUGCAGGAAGACAUCCACGCCGUCGGGGCCAGCCUGGCCGGCGUCACGGGGAAGUACCUGGACCUGCAGUCCCAGUACGAGGCCCUGAGCAAGGAGGUCUCGGAGGAACUCAAGUGGCUUCAGGACUGGACUCGCACCUUGCAGCUAGACCCCGGGCCCGACAGCCUGGGCGGGUUCGUCCCUGCCUGCAACAGAGACCUCAGCGAGUCUCUGAUGGAGCUCUUGAACAGAUCCUGCUGUGAAGAAUUCCUGGCUGCCUUGAAUCUGGGGGUGGCAAAAGCAAGCCAGUGAGGCGGCCGGGGCCGGAUCCUCGGAGCCGUGCGUUGCCUUUCGGGGCACGCCGUAGAAACCGCAAGAUGAAUACUGUGUACAAGUCGUCCACCUCGAUUAAUAUAUAAUAAUCUAAAAUGGCAAAACUUUAAAAUUACGACAAAAUGGUACUUGACACCUUUACAGUUCUCUCGUAUCACACACAACUCUGACUCCCUCUGUUGGAGGAAGUGUAAAGAGAAUGGUACUUAUAUACACUGUUGGAUGGAAUGGCCUGGUUGUCACAUCUUUUGGGGGUGUAAUAUUAGAGGAAAUUAGAUGUAUAACUGGACAUAUCAUAAAUAAGAAUCCAGAAUCAGUACUCUUAAACCUUAGAAAUGAUGAUCAUCUAUCCACUAUUCAAAGAAAAAGAAUUGCUUUACUGUUAUUUGCCGCAAAAACAACUAUAGCAUCAAAGUGGAAAUCAGGAAGUAAACCAACCUUAAACUUAUGGUAUAAGAAGCUAUGGAAUUUAUAUAUAAUGGAAAAAAUAUCAGACAUAAUGAAACCAACAAAAGCUAAUGGCGGGUAUAGUGAAUUUACUAGUAUGUGGCUACCUAUUUUAUCCUACCUAGUUUCUCAAGAGAUAAUACCAGAAGUAAUAGAUAUUCUUCAUUUGUGGUAAAUGUUGAUAAUAUGCUAAUACUAAGUUUAUGAAGACUAGGAUGUUCUCUUUAAGCGGUUAAGUUGAAGUAUACUUAUCCUGUUUAAUGUCGGUAAUAUUAGAAGUGUAUUAUUGUAUUUAUUAUGACAUCACAAUCUUGCAACAACUUCCAGAUUUGUUACAUAUAUUCCAUAAAGUCGCAUAAAGACACAAGCGGCAAGCAAAGUACUGUGCAUUCAGUGAGGCGUCCACUGUUGAACAGUGUUGCUACAUACAAAGAAGUGAAUCAAGUACCCAGGACCAGUUUGGUGUAGUGGUUAGGAGUGUGGACUCUAAUCUGGGAGAACCGGGUUUGAUUC